AAUUCAAGACGAAUAUGGUGAUACCCUUUAUAAUUUGGCUUUGAACGAUAUUAAAAAUUUCACACUUUUAGAACAACUUGGUCUAGAAAGGGUGCUUUGGUCAUUAGUUCUUCAACGUCAGGAGGAAGUUGAUAUUUUCUUUGCAGAUUCGACUAAAAAAUAUAUUGCCCCUGACCUCGUUACUUAUGAUAUAGCAGCUUUUGACAUCUUUAGAAGUAGAGAUCGUGGUGUUGAUUCAGUGGAAGCAUGGGUUGGUGUAAUGAGCGAAGACCAUUUAGAUGGCUCAAAUGUUGGCAAGGGGUUUGGUCCUGAAGAUAAUGGAAUGAAAGGAGCAGAAUUUAUCAUUGGCCGUGUUAUUAAUGGAAAUGUCACCUUAGAAAAUUACUAUGCUGAUGUGGGCGGUUAUCACCCUCCUUUUCGUGAUUUUCAUCAAGACCCCGAUCUUGUACCAAAGUUUUCUAUGUCUGAUAGUAAAGCAGUAACCGUAGAGUUUAAAAGACUUCUCCGUCCUCCGAGAAGAAAACCAAUUACAAAUGAUAAUAUGAAAUUUGUUAAACAAAAAAUUAUGAUGCAUACUCAUAUCGAUUAUGAAGAUUAUGCUAAGUUACCUGAAUUUACUUGGGAAGAAAUUAAUGAGUGUGUUCAGCAAGCUUUACUUAUUCCAGAGGAUAAGCUCUCCGAAAAAUUUUCAUCUGUGCUUGCAAAGCAUAUAAGUCACCUUCAAGGGGUGCCGAUACCUCAAAAACUAUCCACAGUUUCCAGAUUAAUUGAUAAUCUUAACAAAAUGUAUUAUCUAAAGGCACCGUUAGCACAACAUGCUCAUAGUAGGUUUGCUGCUCAAAAAAUGGCAUCAAUGGUAAUAGGCAAAGUGGUUGAAAAAGAACCUUUGGUCCAAAAUGAUUAUAUCACUUUUUCAAAAAUUCAGGAAAGCGAAAGGAGUUUUGUUGAUUAUAAUAGAACAUUUUCAAGUACAAUCAAAAAUAUCCAAUUUCAUCGUUAUAAGCUUACAAGUAAAGUAAUGGUCAAUGCAAACGUCAAAUAUCCUGUAAUAAAGUUUACAUUUUCUAGAGUACAUCAGGAAAGGAAAAAUGUUAGCAAUCAAAAAUUCUUGCCUGGGCAUUAUAUUGAGAUGCAAUCUAGAUUAAUAGGAUAUGAAAUUCAAGUUCGUGGUCCAUUUGACAUUUGUAAUAGACCUAGAUCUAAACCAUAUCUUAUAAGUCCAAUAAGUCCAUUAACUUCAACGCAAUAUUUUAAUUGGGAGGCAAGUCUUUAUUCACCCACGAGUCCUUACAAUAAACUUAUUGGAUCUCCUGGAACCUUGUCUCCUAUGAAAACUUUUCUAUUAAACCCAAAUAGUUCAGACGGCUGCUGGGAUGAAUUAUAUAUGAUUGCCGGCGGUACUGGAAUAACACCAAUGUUGCAGUUAAUUAAGUAUCAUCUGGAACAGUCAGCAAAACGAAAUAACGACUCUAAGCAAAAUGUUAAUUUUAAACGAAUGCAUUUAUUAUUUGGAAACCGCAAAAUUGAAGAUAUUAUUGAUGGUAUAUUACUUGAAGAUCUGGCACUUUCAAGCAGGGGACAACUUACUGUAACAUACUGUCUUUCAGAUCCGCCUUCAGAUUGGGUUGGUUUUCAAGGGAGAAUCGGUCCACAAGUAAUACAAAAUUGGAUGAAUAUAGUGCGGGGUAGCGAUUAUACACAUAUUCAAGAUCAUUAUAUACCCUAUAACUCAGACGAGCAUAAUGAGAGUUCUUCGCCAGAAAUCAGCUCCAGGUUACAAUCAUCACGUGAAAUUUCACAAACCUUGCCGGUUUUACCCUAUGGGACAGCAGAUAUACAAAGUUCUGCAAUAGAAUCAAAAUCAAGAAAAAUAAAUUCGUCAACGGAAAGAAUACCUGAAAAAAUUAAUCUGGAUUUAGUAGCUUCUAUGAAAUGGGAUAAUUUAAUGGGUUAG